CGUGACGUCAUUAAAACCCUGUGAUACUGGUGGUACAAGGAAAUCAACAGCAACAGGAGACUAGGAUUUGUUGAAGUUUAGGCAAAUAUUUGUAGAUACAUUUUAAACGGAAAAAUAUAAACCUUGGUAUUGCUGUUUCCACCUGAAGAGCCAAAAUGACGGCAGCAGUUUUUUUCGGCUGCACUUUCAUCGCCUUCGGCCCAGCCAUUGCUCUGUUCCUGUUUACCAUCGCCCGGGAGCCCCUGAGGGUCAUUUUCCUUAUAGCAGGAGCGUUUUUCUGGCUGGUGUCACUACUGCUGUCCUCCUUGGUGUGGUUCAUCUCGGUUCAGAUCAGUAAUAAGGACAGCGCCGUGCAGCAGAAAGCUCUGCUCAUCUUCGGCGUGGUGCUGUCAGUCCUGUUACAGGAAACCUUCCGCUUUGCUUACUACAAGCUCUUGAAGAAAGCUAAUGAAGGCCUCCUCACUCUCAGUCAGGAGGAAACCAUGCCGAUCUCUAUACGACAGCUGGCCUAUGUGUCUGGUCUUGGCUUUGGCUUCAUGAGUGGAGCGUUUUCCGUGGUGAACAUUCUGGCUGAUUCAGUGGGGCCGGGCACAGUGGGUAUCCAUGGAGACUCGCAGCACUACUUCCUGUCCUCAGCCUUCAUGACCAUGGCCAUCAUCCUGCUUCAUAUGUUCUGGGGCAUCAUCUUCUUCGAUGCCUGUGAGAACCAACGCUGGUGGUCGCUGGCUGCCGUCGUCAUCAACCAUCUUUUAGUGUCCUGCCUGACGUUCCAGAACCCAAAUUACGUCGGCAGCCUGGUUCCCACCUACAUCAUCUUGUUCAUAAUGGGCAUCUGGGCAUUUUACACCGCAGGUGGCUCUUUCAGGAACCUCAAACUCUGCCUCACCUGCAAAGACAAGGACUUCCUGUUGGCUAACCACCGGCCCAGAUAACGCUGCAUGCUCAGCAGAGUUACUAGACUCUAUCCAAAGAUCCCACAGUUUACCACACACACACACACACAGUGAAUGAGUGUUAACAUGCUGUUUCACCUCAGAGGUAAUCCACCAUAUCUAGUCUAAAAGAAACAAAAGCAUAGAACGUUUUUUGGAGGACCAAACUUGAGAGAUUAUUUUGAAUCAUGUCCAGCCCAGUUUAGCUUUCAGAAGCUAAAACGGUAACACUCUUCACAGCCCUCACACCUCCAGGUCGUCCACUCUGACAGCUUCCGCUGCCAGAUGUGUGAAAGUUGUCUAAACGUGGAUUUACCGCGUAAAAUCUUUGUGUAAAUACUGUAAGUUGCAUUUUUGAAUAACUUGAUGUGUAGAUAUUAGAACUUUUUUCAAGUUGUGAACCACCAUCUUUAGUCUGAACAAAACUUGCCUUUAACUUGAACAUGACUGGUAUUUAUGUAUGUUUUAACUCGAUUACCUCCAGGUCACGGCUUCAUGAUCUUUGGAGCACAUAUGGAUUAAAAAUUUUAACCAUCGCAUAACAAAUCAGAUGAUUCUUGCUUGUGAUUGGUAUUUAACCUCCUGGAGAUGAACAAAUGCUGAAGAAGAAAAUCAGCAUCCAUUCAGCUCGAAGCUUCCUGAUAGAUCAGCUGAUAGAUUAUGUCCUUUUUUCAUGUGUACACAAACGCAUCGUAAAUAGACGCAGGUGGAGGUGAUUGCUCAGUGAUCUUUGAAUGUUCACUUUCAAAUUGCCUUUUUAUGUUUUUGUUUGUGGACGAGCUCUGUACUCUGAACGAGUCUGACAUGAUGGAUAUCCUUAGAGCUUUAGGCUGCUUUUCUUCACACCUGAUUUUAUUUUCAUCUGUUUCUACGGUUUGACUGAAAACUGCGUUGUUUAACUCAGAUGGGAUGUCAUUUUUUUCUCUUUUGUUUCGUUGUUGCUGAAAGAAUUGAAUUUGACUUGAGCGAUGCUGUUGAAAUAAAACCGCUGAAUACAACAGA